UUUCUAUUCCAAAUUGAUACAACUGUAAUUGGCAGGGGAUUUACUUACGUAUAAGAUACUGGUGGGCAAGGAGUUGGAUUCGAUAAAUCUUGGCCGGCUGCUGGAAACGGAGGAUAAUGUCAUGUGAGGUUCCACGUUCUCUGUGCUGUAUUUAAGCGCUGCCGAGCAACAUGCUAGUUUAGUCGAGUUGCUCGUGCCGUGCUCUGCAUCUGAUGUAGUAAAAUUGACGGCGGCAUCUAAUAGUAUAAAUAACUGACUUGAGGUCUCUUAACAAAUUGAAAGAAAACAACGAAAAUGCCGGAAGGUUACACGGGAGCAACUGCCUGGGUGCAAAUCCAAAGCAUACUGAACAGCAUAAACCACAUGCUGAUCUUUCUGGUGGCCGCCUUCUUUUUUGUCCUGGCCCGCAGUCUGGAUUUUAAGGAUACGGCCAUGCAUAUGUUCAUGACUGGCACUGGUUUCCACGUCCUAAUCGCCCAGGCCAUGAUGUCGCACUCAAAGGUGAAUCCGCUCACCCGCUGGCUGUCGCACCGCAACAAGGCGCGUUUCCACGCCAUCCUGCAAAUUGUAGGUGGUACCAUGGUCCUGUUGGGCUCACUCGGCAAAUUCUCCAACAAGGAUAUCCACUUUAACACCUGGCACGGCCGAGUAGGUGGAGCAGCUGCUUUUGGCUGUGCGGCUAGCAUUGUGGGCGGUUUUGUCAACUAUUUCCAGCCCAAGUUCGCCCUGAAGGUGAUGCCUCCUUCGGAGUUGCGUUUCCGCCAUAAUCUAUUUGGUUUGCUCACCUUCAGCCUGGGCAUGGGUGCCAUCUACCUGGGUUACUAUUCCAAGUUCUUCACCAAGUUUGUGGACAAUGACUUUAUUCCCGGCAUGAUGGCAAUCACCGCGCUGGUUUAUGUUCUCACCAUCAUUGCACCAGUGUCAUCGCUCCUGACUAAACUUAAAUAUAGGUCCAAGAGGAAGGCGGAGCAGGCACAGUAAGCAAUUCUGGAGAGGAUGAGGCUGAGGCCAGUAAGGCUAACCGGAAUUUGUCAGGUCCUAGCACAAAAAUAAAGAGCUUGGCGCCUAGCCAAAUUUAAACUUCUG